AUGCGGCUUAGGGCCAGCCCAGAGACUUCCAGCCUGCCUCUGGAGGCGCAGGUGCAGGUGCAGAUGCUGGUGCAGGCUCAGCUUCUCGUGGCCACACCCAAAACUGGCGGUGGCCUUACGGCGCCGAGAGGACAAGACAGAUACACGUUGAUUAAGUCGUACGCAGACAAGCCUGGGCAUGAUGAGUUUGACCUGUAA